GGUGAUUAGUUUUGUUGUCCAAACCGACCUUGUAACGAACAAAACUCUAUACUUCUUAUAUGCUUAUUUAUGGAAUAUUGUUUGAUGUCAUGGCGAUUUAAGGAAUUUUACUUUUCAAACUUCUAGAAAGAGUUUGAAAUGCUUGUUUUCUUUUGCUUGUGUAUCUUGAUCGCUAAAGGUGUGUUUGGUGUUGAUGGUGAUGAAGUGAAGUCAUUGUCAGUGAUGGAGGGAGAUUCUGUUACUCUACACACUCAUAUUACUGAAAUAUUGGCAGACUAUCACAUACAGUGGCUGUUUGAAUCUCAAGGCACUCGUAUAGCAGAAAUCAUUAAAUGGGCCAAUCUGAGUUUUAUAUAUGAUGAUUAUGGUGGAGGGAGAUUCAAAGACAAACUACAACUAAACAGUCAGACUGGAUCCCUCAGCAUCACAAAUAUCGUAAUCACAGACUCUGGACUUUACAAACUAAAGAUCAGCAGCAGCAGAGGAACUUCAUACAAGAGAUUUAAUGUUACUGUCUAUGCUCAUCUGCCUGUUCCUGUCAUCAUCAUAGACUCAGCACGAUGUUCUUCAUUAUCAUCACCAAGCUCAAAAUGUGUGUUGUUGUGUUCAGUGUUGAAUGUGAGAGAUGUGAGUCUGUCCUGGUACAAAGGAAAAAGUUUAUUGUCCAGCAUCAGUGUGUCUGAUCUCAACAUCAGACUCUCUCUACCUCUGGAGGUUGAAUAUCAGAAUACAAACACAUACAGCUGUGUACUCAACAAUACCAUCACAAACCAAACUCAACAUCUCAACAUCACUGAUGUCUGUCAGACGUGUUCAGAACUCCAGCAUUCAAUAUUGCGGAAAGCUAUUGUUUUUGGUGCUUGUGCUGCUAUUCUGUGGCUGUCAAUCUUCUUGGGUUUAGCCAUAGUUGUGUUCUGCCACAACUACAACAAAUAAGUGAAAUAAUCAAAGA